AUGGACAUCUUUGACGACUUUCGCAUACUUGAUGAACCUUUCGUCACGCGAGAUAGCCAUGCCAUCAUGGCGCACAUCUUGUUGCCCAAAAACGCCCCUUCGGGUCCUCGUCCAAUCAUCAUCAAUUGGCACGGCGGCUACCUUAUCAUGGCUCACGGCCUCUACGCUCCGUAUUUCCCGCAAUUCAUCCUCGAUCUUGCCAAGAAGAGCGAUGCCAUCAUCAUCUCGCCUGACUACACACUUCUGCCGCACAACGAUGGUCUCGCCGCUGUCCAAGCUGAUGUGCUAGCCUUUCACAAGUGGCUGCUUUUCUCAUUCGCCUCCAUUUUAACAGCCAAGGCCCCUUCGUACGAAGCAGAUCUUACUCGAGUCUUGCUCAACGGCGGCUCUGCCGGUGGUUACGUGGCCACAACGCAUGCGCUGGCCUUCCCCGACUUCUUCCGAGCUCUUGCCCUCACCUAUCCGAUGCUCAACUUCGAUACAGAGUGGUGGCGUAAAGGAAGCCUGGAUACUGGCUCUCCGAACCCCAUGCUCUUACCAGAUGACGCAUUCAUUCCUGACACAGCAGCCAUAAAGGAGAAGAUUCAGCAACACCAAGGAGGCGCUCGGAUCUCUGCAACAGAGGACAUAGAGCGCCUGGGAUUUGCGGUAUCCGUCGCCCGCAAGGGACUGUUUCACGAUCUGUUCAGCCCUCACGGCAAACUUGACGAAGACUCAAAUGUAUGGAUUAACCGUCGUAUUCAGGCUGGUGCCAAAUUGCCAGAGCGUAUAUGGUUAUUACAUGGCGGCGCCGAUACUGCUGUACCGGUUGAAACAUCCAUUGCCUUUGCCGAAACCAUGAAGAGUCAAGGUCGGCCGAUACGCUUAGAUAUAGUCGAGAACAAGGAGCACGGAUUUGAUGCAGAGUGUUCUGCCGGCUGGAAAGCCGAGAAGGAUCCGAUCAUUCUUAACGGGCUAACUUGGCUCGUGGAUAAAUGGCUCGAGUAA